AUGUCAGCAAAUCCUUCAUUAGUGCGUACCUUUCAAGGAGAGCUUUGCCCUGCGCCAUUUCCUAACGAGGUUUUCGUCUUACGAAGAGAUGGCGUGCAAUGUGAAUUACAUGGUGUCCAGACCCGUGUAAAAGGAUGGCAGGCACGCGGCGCCUUGUACCUGUCUAACGUCCGACUGGUGUUCGUUGCAUCUAAAGCGGAUGAGUCAGGGCUGGUUGCUUUCGACUUUCCGCUGUGUUACAUUCGCAACGACAAGCUUAAUCAGCCCAUCUUCGGCUGCAACAACCUUUCCGGUCAGGUGUGGCCGGCCGUGGAAGGAGGGGGCCCGGCGGGGGAGCUGCCUCCUCACGACUAUAAGAUCUACUUCAAGGAGGGCGGCAUCGGCACCUUAUACCAUCUGUACUACACGCUGACAGUACGGGCGAAGGAGGCGUUCGAGGCCGCCCAAGGCCGCCGGCGGGAGGUCGACGAGGCCAACCCCCCCGACUACGUGGCUGAUCUGGUGUCCCGAGCGUUCGUUGAUCCCAACGACCCUUCAACUGUCUACCUGGCGCAGCAGCAGCCCGUGGACGAGUCCCUGCGGCUCUCCUCCGGCCCCCGCUACGCGGCGAACUACGGCCAGGACGAGGUGUACGAGCCCACGGGGCUGAGACCGUGA